CUUGAACCCCGUCGCUGGCAGCUAUAAAGCAUUCAAGUACAUUCUUUUCACGUCCUAUAGGCAUAUUCCCCUGUCAAGAUGCGUUGGUUUAUUUGGGCUCUGCUGGCGGCGCUUUGUCUGCAUCAAACACGGGCGGAUGUCUCACAGCUCGUUAAGUCGGGCAACGGCUUUGUUUACGAUGUGCCCAAGGUCAGUGAGCUGGAACUGGAGCUGAACAAUGAGUUCCCCACUGGCCAGGAAUUCCCACAGGACGCCAUACCUGUCGCCCCCUCCGAUGCGGAACUGGGACAGGCCGAAGCCGCCGAGGAACUGCCCCAGCCAUCCGCUGCCAGUGAGGACAGAGCUGCUAGUGAUGACAGCGCUGCCUAUGCCUCGUCCAAGGGUCACGGCUACGCAUAUCGCGUGCCCAGCAGACGCUUCAAGAGCUAAGCGCGUAGCUAUUUAUAGAUAGUUUCUACGAGUUUCUACCAAAGUCUUUAAACACUAAAACAAUAAUAAAAUGU